CGAUUCUGCUCUUCUUUUCCUUUCUUCCCGCUGCAGCCACUCGAAAGAAAAAGAAAGAGAACCCAGCCAUGCCUUUGAGAAACCGGUGAGAUAAGCUUGGUUUUCUCCUUCCUUUCUUGCUCUAGAACACACCUAGAACCCAGAAAUCUUUCCCCCCUGCUGGAAAAUCCGGAUCUGCCCUGCUUUGCUCUGUCCUUCCGCCGGCUGCUCCUGCUUUGUGGGGGUGAUUUGCUCCGGUUUUCGCUUGCCGCCGGCCUCUUCCCCAACUGCAGCUCCGGUUUUAGCUGGAGAAUUCUGGUAUGUGGCAGCCCUCCAAGCCCCCGAAUUUGUCCAUUUAUUUGCUUUCAAUUGCUGCCCCUAUUGUGUGUCCGAAUUUUGCUAGAAAAAUGGGGAAGAAUUUGAUAGCUUUAGGACCAUGAUUUAGCUUAAUUGAAGUGGGAUUUAUGUGAUUGAGUGUUAAUUGAUUGCUGUGAUUUUUGGAGUGAAAUCCCGUGAGAUUAGCUAGUGUUUUGGCCAAUUUUGGGAAGUGGAGUUACUGUUCACGUCGGAGUCACUGUUCACCGGUUACUGUUCACCGGUUACUGUUCACACCCCGAGGGCCAACAUUUAGUGGGAAUUUAAAUGAUUAGUUUGUGAUAUGAGAACGAAUUUGGAGAUGUCCGAUCAUGUGGAAAGUGAUAGAAAUAGCAUUGUGAUUAGGAAUGAUCCUAAUGAUGAUUUCAGCUUGAAUUUGUUAUAGUCCGAUAUUAAUUCUGAGGUGUUUUGAUUAGGUUCCUGAUCGUUCUGUUAGUUAGUGCGUGAAUUGAGUGCUCGGUUUUAUGCGAGUGAGGUAAGUAAAUUUAUGGUAAUGCCCGUACUGUUUUUAAAAGCAUGUUUUGGUUUGUUUUUGAAGUGGUGGCGAGACUAAACCCGUUUUACACGAGCAUGACUUAUUUGAAGUGAAAUGUUUAUGUUUUUCAUUAAAUUGAGCAUGCCUACUUGAAAGUGAUUGUGAACUGUCCUAAUGAUCUGAAAGUGAUUGUGAAUUGUGAUUUUCCUGUUAACUUCUACUUGUUUCGUCUCCGAUGUGGUCAUGUUAUUCGUGACCCUGCUAGUGGGGGAGGUUAUAAACGCUAGCACAUGUCAACAUGUAGUGAUAGAGCCGGUUCGUUCAACCCAGCUAGUGGGGGUUAUACACCAGCAAAUCGUGGCCCUGCUAGUGGGGAUUAUACACUGGCCAUGACCUAUAGCCAUGACCUAUAGAGGAGACGUCUAUUUCGUUCCUGUACUGUAUUUGAUUUGCGUGAUUGUACUUGUUGGCAUGCUUUAAGUUUGAUAAGGGGCAAUCCAUAUUUUACUUACUGAGUUUAUCUCAUAGUUUUUCCUUGUCCACCAUUUCAGGAAAUGAAACCGAGGACGGGGAAACCACGAGAAGUGACGAGUUAGAAGGCUAGCCAUAUUGUAAUUGGAUAUAGAUUUUCAAAAUAAAUCAUGAUCUUGUAAGCUAGAGUGUAUUUGGAGAUUUAUGAUCAGAGAAAUCUUAUAAUUUGAUCUUCAG